CCACAACAUUAACUUUCGAUUUCGAAGCACGUUUGGAUAUAAUCACACUACAAUGCUUCGUCACUUAAGACAAUUCUCCUCGUCGUCUGUUGUCAGACAGACCAUUGGAAAUGAUAUCAAAGGUACCACUCUUAACACAGCCAAGUACAUGGGUCAAAAGUAUAAUGUCAUUGACCAUGAAUAUGACUGUGUGGUUGUUGGUGCUGGUGGUGCUGGUUUAAGAGCUGCCUUCGGUCUUGCUGAAGCCGGUUACAAGACUGCUUGUAUUUCCAAGCUUUUCCCAACCAGAUCUCACACUGUUGCUGCCCAAGGUGGUAUCAAUGCCGCUCUCGGUAACAUGCACAAGGAUGAUUGGCACUGGCAUAUGUAUGAUACUGUCAAGGGUUCCGAUUGGUUAGGUGAUCAAGAUGCUAUUCAUUACAUGACUAGAGAAGCUCCUAAGUCUAUCUACGAAUUGGAAAACUUUGGUGUCCCAUUCUCCAGAAAUGAAGAAGGUCGUAUCUACCAAAGAGCCUUUGGUGGUCAAUCCAAGGAAUACGGUAAGGGUGGUCAAGCUUACAGAACUUGUGCCGUUGCCGACAGAACCGGUCACGCUCUUUUGCACUCCCUUUACGGUCAAUCUCUUAGACAUGACACCCAUUUCUUUAUUGAAUUUUUCGCCAUGGAUCUUUUGAUGCAAGAUGGUGAAUGUGUGGGUGUUAUGGCCUACAACCAAGAAGAUGGUACUUUGCACAGAUUCAGAGCCCAUAAGACCGUCAUGGCUACCGGUGGGUACGGAAGAGCCUACUUCUCAUGUACCUCGGCACACACCUGUACUGGUGACGGGUACGCCAUGGUUUCCAGAGCUGGUUUACCGCUUGAAGAUUUGGAAUUCGUUCAAUUCCACCCAACUGGUAUUUAUGGAUCUGGUUGUUUGAUCACCGAAGGUUCUCGUGGUGAAGGUGGUUUCUUGAUCAACUCUGAAGGUGAAAGAUUUAUGGAACGUUACGCUCCUUCUGCCAAGGAUUUGGCUUCAAGAGAUGUUGUUUCUCGUGCUAUCACUAUGGAAAUUAACGAAGGUAGAGGUGUUGGUCCUGAAAAGGAUCACAUGUUCUUGCAAUUGUCUCACUUGCCAGCUGCUGUCUUGAAGGAAAGACUUCCAGGUAUUUCUGAAACUGCCCACAUUUUCGCUGGUGUUGAUGUCACUAAGGAACCAAUUCCUAUCUUGCCAACUGUCCAUUACAAUAUGGGUGGUAUUCCAACCAAGUGGAAUGGUGAAGUUUUGACUCAAGUCGACGGUAAGGAUAAGGUUGUUCCAGGUUUGUUAGCCUGUGGUGAAGUUGCAUGUGCCUCCGUUCAUGGUGCCAACAGAUUGGGUGCCAACUCUUUGUUGGAUUUGGUUGUUUUCGGUAGAGCUGUCGCUCACACCAUUUCUGACUCUUUGAUUCCAGGUAAGCCACACAAGCCAAUGCCAGCUGACUUGGGUAAGGAAUCUAUUGAAAACUUGGACAAGUUGAGAAAUGCUACUGGUCCAAGAAGUACUGCUGAAAUCAGAUUGGAAAUGCAAAAGACUAUGCAAAAGGGAUGUGCCGUCUUCAGAACUCAAGAAACUUUGGAUGAAGGUCUUGAAAAGAUUUUGGCUACUGACAAGACUUUCGAACAUGUUGGUACCACUGACCGUUCCAUGAUCUGGAACUCUGACUUGGUUGAAACUCUUGAAUUACAAAACUUGUUGACCUGUGCCACUCAAACUGCUGCUUCUGCCACUGCCAGAAAGGAAUCUAGAGGUGCUCACGCCAGAGAUGAUUACCCAGAAAGAGAUGACGUUAACUGGAGAAAGCACACCUUGUCAUGGCAAAAGCAAUUCGGUUCCGACGUGACCUUGUCUUACAGAGACACUAUUAACACCACCUUGGACGAAAACGAAUGUAAGCCAGUUCCACCUGCCAAGAGAGUUUAUUAGAUAGUUUUAUCAUAUCAGUCAUAUAUUUAGUUUUAUUUAAAGAGAAACUUGUAGAAUUAAGAAGGAGUGGAUGUUUAAGAGUGGAUUAAAACACAUCAUACAAAGUAGAUAAGGUCAAUUUAAAGAUACGAAUAUCAUUCCGGAAUGGAGUUGAAUAUGCUAGAUUAGCGAACUAAAGAAUAAAGAAGGAUACUAAAAAUGGAGAACAAUUUCAUUUAAUUAUGGGUCGAUUAUUAAUUUUGAAAUCUGGGGUUUAUAAACGGAUGAAAAUUACAUUUAAAGUAAUAAUGCUAAUAAUGAUUUUGUUUGGUCUCUUGGCACUCAUAAACUACAGUUGGGCCAG